UCUCCUCCUUGCUAUUACUCUCUCUCUCUCUCCUUCUAAUGUACAGGUGAUGUUCUUAAUCUCCUGUGCAUAGAGAUGACCUCUAUAUAGAGUUACCCAAUUACUUUCACCUCAGUCAUCUCUGAGUCACUGCAAGUCCUUUGUGCUUAUCUACAAUGCCAAUUAAGGAAAUGACAGUUUCAUUUACCUAAGGUGACCUCAUUGAACUUCACCAAAGCCAAAUCAGUCACAGGAGCAGCACCAGUGCUUUUGGCCCCUGUCAAGCAUGGCUCAACAGGAGGAAGGCUGGCCUCUGGGUUUGCAGCCAAUGCAUGUGAGAGUUGGGUUGGCUCAAAACAAUGAGUUUUCCGGUUCAGUGUCAUUCAACACUUUACUCACUGGUUCUCCAACUUCCUCUACAGAUUCCUCUUCAGAUCUAGACACAGAGUCCACAGGGUCUUUUUUCCAUGACAGGAGCAUUACACUUGGGAGCCUUAUUGGAAUCAAUAACAUUCUAGAGCUAUCAAGAAGAUCAUUGAGGGGAAGAAAAACUGAUCAGGUCUGUAAAGACAGGAAGAGCAACAACACCACCAAGUUCAGAUUGUGUUUUUUCUCUUUAUGUUCCAGGGACAGUACAGAUGGUGAGAAUGUGAACAAAAACAACCAUCCUCCAUCUCUUGGUCACUUCCUUGCAGUGGAGAGAAGAGCAGCCAAUGAAAAUUAUAGAGAAAACCCACCAAUUUAUGGACCAGAUGAUGAGGUUGCUUUAGCUGAUCAUCAGCCUGCUACACAACCCAACUCACUGUUUGUUGAUGGUCAAGUUGCUCCUCCUCAAUCUAGUCCAUGGCUUGGUUCAGACCAUGUUGACCAGAGAAAACCAGUUCUGUUUUCAUGUAUGUGUGGUGGGCAACUCUCCCAGUGACCAAAGAAUAUAUUCAUGUUUCUCUCUGUGUUUUUUUUUUUUAUAUUCAUGUUUCUCUCUGUGU